AUGGGUCCCUCAUUUCCCAGCUGUCCGCCGCCAAGGAGCGGUACGGCAUCCGCCCCGGCCGACGGCCCCGCGCCGCCUGCGGACUCCACGGUCCGGCGGAUUCUGGCGGAGAGCGCGCACUUCGUGGAGAAGGAGGAGAUCGUCGGCUUCUCCGCGCACGAGGAGCAGCUGCUGGAGUGGGUGGCCGAGGACGACGAGCCGCGGCGGACGCUGGUCUCCGUGUGGGGAAUGGGCGGCGUCGGCAAGACCACGCUCGCCACGCGCGUGUUCAGGGAGGUCGCGGAGAGCAGGCGCUUCGACUGUGCCGCGUGGGUGGCCGUCUCGCAGCGCUUCACCAUGGACGACCUCCUCAGGAAGAUCCUCAGAGAGCGGCGGCGGCGGCGGCGCGCCAUCGACGACCUGCCGCCCAACCUCAGGAAAUGCUUCCUGAGCUGCAGCGUGUACCCUGAGGACUUGUGGAUCAAGCGGAAGAUUCUGAUCAGGAAAUGGGUUGCGCAGGGCUUCGUCGAGGACAAGCCGGGCCGGUGUGCAGCGGAGGAUGUCGCCGAUGGCUACCUGGACCAGCUAGUCCAACGCAGCCUGAUGCUGCCCGUCACCAGGAACGACUUUGGCCGGACCAAACGGUUCAUCAUUCAUGACCUUAUCAGGGAGUUGAUUAUCCACAGGUCCAGAGAAGUGGAAGGCUUGUUUCAUUUCGCAAAGUGCAAGAUCACAGUGGAUCACAGCACCAGGAUUCGGCAUCUUGCGGUGGAUAGAUGUGAAGAAGUGAGAUCCGAGCAUGUUCCGCAGUUGGGCAUGCUUCGCUCCUUCAGUGCGUUUGGGUCAGAAUUGGAUGCUUCAUUCGUGUCUCACUUCAGGCUCUUGACUGUGCUAAACCUCUGGUUCGUUGAGAUGAGUACAUUACCUGAUUCGAUCACCAGUCUUCACAAUCUGCGGUAUCUCGGGAUCCGUUCAAUGCUCGUUGAAGAGCUUCCAAAGGAUCUGGGCAAACUGCAGAAGCUUCAGAUUUUGGAUGCCAAGUUGUCCAUGGUACAAAGGCUACCAAGCAGCGUAGCAAAACUGAAGAGCUUGCGCCACCUGAUAGUUUUAACGCGUGGGGCAACUGAUUUGUUGAAGCCGUAUCCCGCCAUGGCAACAGGGGUUCCUGAAGGGCUAGAGAACCUGACCAACCUGCAGACACUCAAAUAUGUUCAAGCGAAUCAAAAGAUUGUUAGAUCCUUAGCAAACCUGUGGCAGAUGAGGAGCCUGGAGCUGUCUGGCAUUGAUGCAAGCCUUAUCGCCGACUUGUCGUCAUCGAUCUCUAGGAUGAGCUUCCUUGUGCGGUUGGGGUUGGGAAUGAACCCUGGAGCAGACGCGGUGCUAGAUCUGGAAUCAAUGUCUCGACCACCAUUGAAGCUACAAAAACUCAGUCUGACCGGCAGGUUAGCAAGAGGGAAGCUGCCAUCAUGGAUCUGCUCCCUCACUAGCCUUUUGCAGUUAAGGUUGAGUGGCUGCCAAAUUGCACAAGACUCACUCGUGCUCCUCGCUGCGCUUCCUAUGCUGGUAAAUCUUAGCCUUGUCGAAGCAUACCAUGAGAGGAGCAUGAUGUUUACAGGAGAUGGUUUUCCUGCACUUCGGAAACUCAACUUGGAGGGCUUGCCUAACCUUAGUCGCAUAGAGUUUCAAGAAGGAUGUCUUGUAAACCUACGUCAUCUGGUGCUUGGCCAGUGCACUGGACUGACUGAAACACCCCAAGGUAUGGGGAACCUCAAGCAUAUCCUGAAUUUGGAAUUGUUUGGCAUGCAAACAGAGUUUGUGGAUAAGUUGAAGGAGCAGAACGGUGAUGCUGGAUAUCACAACCCUGCCAGUUCAGAUUUUUAUCAGGCGCCAAGGGUUUUGAGAUUUGAGAAAUUUGCUAGAAAGUAUUAA